UCUCAGCUGGUAGUUGCACAUAUUUUCUUUUUCGAUUUCGAAAGAAGCACUAUUUCAACUUCGGGUCCUCACCGUCCGAUUCUCUGACUUUUUCCGUUCAGUCAAAUCGAGCUCCUCCAUCCGACGGUUAUGGGCCAUUGCUACAGCCGAAACAUCUCUGCUAUCGAAGAUGACGAGAUCUCCGCCGGAGCCGGCGACCUCCCGAAUCGGCCGUUGCAACCGGCCGACGACCACUUUAAUCCUCCGACACCGCAGUCUUCGCUUACUCCUCGCUCCUCCGAAGUCAACUCCUACGCCAUUACCCCUUUCCAGAGCCCGUUGCCUGCCGGAGUACCUCCGUCGCCCGCGAGAACUCCGGGGAGGAAGUUCAAAUGGCCGUUCCCUCCUCCUUCACCUGCGAAGCCGAUCAUGGCGGCUCUGCGCAGGCGGAGAGGCGCCUCUACGCAGCCUCGCGAAGGUCCGAUCCCGGAGGACAGUGAAGACAGAGACCACGGCGGAGUAGUUGGCGGAGGCGGUGGCGAUGGUGGUGGGGAGAGGCUGGAUAAGAAUUUCGGGUUCGCGAGGAACUUCGAAGCUAAGUACGAGCUCGGGAACGAGGUGGGCCGAGGACAUUUUGGUCAUACUUGUUGGGCGAAGGCCAAGAAAGGGAAGACGAAAGGGCAAACUGUGGCCGUCAAAAUCAUCUCUAAAGCUAAGAUGACAUCGGCUUUAUCUAUUGAAGAUGCUCGUCGAGAAGUGAAUUUGUUGAAAGCAUUAUCCGGGCAUAGGCAUAUGCUUAAAUUCUACGAUGCAUUUGAAGAUGCCGACAACGUCUUCUUUGUAAUGGAGUUGUGCGAAGGUGGAGAGCUGUUGGACAGAAUUUUGGCAAGAGGUGGUCGAUACCCUGAACCUGAUGCAAGGCGAAUUCUUGUACAGAUUUUAUCUGCGACUGCAUUUUUCCAUCUUCAAGGUGUUGUACAUCGUGAUCUGAAGCCAGAGAAUUUUCUCUUUACCAGCAGAAAUGAGGAUGCCAUACUGAAGGUCAUUGAUUUUGGCUUGUCUGAUUUCGUCAGAUUUGACCAGCGUCUUAAUGAUGUCGUAGGAAGUGCGUACUAUGUUGCACCCGAAGUACUCCACAGGUCUUACAGUACUGAAGCUGAUAUGUGGAGCAUCGGUGUCAUAACUUACAUAUUAUUGUGUGGAAGCAGGCCUUUCUACGGAAGAACUGAAUCUGCGAUUUUCCGAUGUGUGCUUAGAGCAAACCCUAAUUUUGAGGAUUUGCCAUGGCCUUCCAUAUCGCCCAUUGCCAAAGACUUUGUGAGAAGGCUUCUAAACAAGGAUCAUAGGAAAAGAAUGACAGCAGCACAAGCUCUAGCGCAUCCAUGGUUACGAGAUGAAAACCCAGGGUUGCUGCUGGAUUUCGCGAUCUACAAGUCUGUCAAGUCAUAUAUUCGCGCCUCGCCUUUUAGACGAGCAGCACUUAAGGCUCUCUCCAAAGCGUUACCAGAAGAUGAACUUGUGUUUCUCAAGGCAGAGUUCAUGCUCCUGGACCCAAAAGACGGGAGCCUAUCUCUUCACAAUUUCAGCACGGCUUUAGCAAGAUAUGCUACUGAUGCUAUGACGGAAUCAAGAAUUCCCGAGAUUUUAAACAUGAUGCAACCGCUGGCACAUAAGAAGAUGGAUUUUGAGGAGUUCUGUGCGGCUGCGAUCAGCAUUUACCAACUCGAGGCUCUUGAAGAAUGGGAACAGAUCGCAACCGUAGCAUUUGAACACUUUGAACGUGAGGGAAAUCGAGUCAUCUCUGUCCAAGAACUUGCUGGGGAAAUGAAUCUCGGACCAAAUGCAUAUCCACUGCUAAGAGAUUGGAUUCGGAAUUCAGACGGAAAGCUGAGUUUCCUCGGAUACGCCAAAUUCUUGCAUGGUGUGACCAUAAGAACAUCGAGCUCGAGAAAUAGGUGAGGCGCUAACUUGGAUAUGAAUGAAAUAUCCUGAACAAACAAAAAAAAACAAACAUCACCCUCUGAAACCAAACAGAGACAGAGACAGAGUAUACUCCGAUUUCGAUCAAUGGCCAAAACAUGAGCUCAAAAACUCUCAGGUGCCUUGUAAAUGAGUUCUUUGAGCAUUUUGUCUUCUGGGGGAACAUGGAAAAGAAGAAACAUGAAUUCUUCCUUUCAGGGUUCAUAUAAAGGAAUUUGCGUAAUAGCGGUUGCAGUUCGGUGUGGUGUUCUGAUUCUGGUUGUCUUCCGUUUAGCUAAUCUGAUUCCGGUUAUGCCUGCGGUUCUGAGAGCAUUCAAUUGUAUCGACAUAUCGGUUUCUUUACUGAGAUAUUGAUUCUUGAACUCGAACAUGAGUACUUGGAUAUA